AUGGCCCCUUCACACAACUCGCUGAAGCGCACGCUUCUCCUGUCCACUUUCGCCGCCCUCUCCCUUUUCUCCGCCACGGGUCUCGCGCAGGACAAUACGAAUGGAGGAGAUGCUCAAACGAGUGCCCGGCAGUCGUCGCAGGCGGCCUCCACGAACGCGGCCUCUACAAACCAGCAAGAGCCCAGCACUACGGCCGAGCCUACCCGCACAACCCAGCCGACCGCCGUCAUUACAAACACUGGUGCCGUUGCAACCACGGAGGAGAGCAUCAGCGCUCCUAGGAUCACCGGCGGGUCCCAGACAGACGGCGAAAUCCUUACUGGACUCCCGUCCCUCACCAACGCACCACUCGUGACAACCUACCCACCGCCAACCGUCCCUCCCACCAACAAUGCUCCAUACAUGCACCGGUCCACCGCCCCUCAGGGAACCGUCUUCAUUGCUGUCGGCGCUAUCCUCGGUGCCUUUGGCCUCGGCAUCCUCAUCUGGCGCGGCAUCGUCGCCUGCCUGUUGCACCGCUCCGUCGCCCGGGCCGCCAACGCUCAGCAUGCUGUCAAUGACAAGGCGAGCUUCCCCGCCCCUCCGGCACAGUUCUACAAGUACACCGAUCGCGAGUCGACUCCUUCACUGGUCCCCAAUGGCGGACGCGGCGUGCGUAGGACGCAGCGCGGACCUAUUCCCUCUGCGACCCCGAGCCAGUCGAACCUGUUCUUCUCACCAACUGCAGCAGGCGGUGGUAACAACAACUCGACCAACAACCGCGACUCACGCUUCCUGCCUUCUGGUUUCUAUGCCGCUGCUACGUCGUCUCCCGGCCCCGCUCACAGUCACUCAAUAAGCUUGACGAACCUCCGCCCAGACUCCCGAGGCCAGUAUGGAAGCCGCAAUACGUUGAGGGAGUCUACGCCUCCUGAUUCUCCUUCGUUUGGCGCGAGGCGUGACUUUAGCACUAGCUCCGUCAACCUGUCCACGACGCCUGGAAACGGUCAAAGAGCACCGAGCGCCUACCUUGAGGACCUCUUGGACGAAAACCCUCACGCCUUCCCGCCAAACACGAUGCGUCCUGGUUCACGCAACGCCAACAACUCCCCUGGCGGCCGGUUCUAG